CACACGUUUUGCUUUUUGGCAGUGUGGCACAGUUAGAGGAAGAUGAGGAGGAAGAUGUCUGAAUCUCACGCCGAGGCGGGAAACGAGAUGCCGAGUAAUAAAAAACAGAAAUUAAGCAGUGAUGAAAAUAGCAACCCCGAUCUGUCUGGAGAUGAAAACGAUGAUGCCGUCAGCAUUGAAAGUGGCACCAACACAGAACGGCCAGAUACCCCAACAAACACUGCUAAUGCCCCGGGUAGAAAGAGCUGGGGCAAAGGCAAGUGGAAGUCCAAGAAAUGCAAGUAUUCCUUCAAGUGUGUCAACAGUUUAAGGGAGGAUCACGGGCAGCCUUUGUUUGGUGUUCAGUUUAAUUGGCACAGCAAGGAAGGAGAUCCGCUUGUGUUUGCCACCGUCGGCAGUAACAGAGUCACUUUAUACGAGUGUCAUUCUCAAGGAGAGAUUCGUCUCCUGCAGUCAUAUGUAGAUGCAGAUGCAGAUGAAAACUUCUACACUUGCGCUUGGACCUUUGACACGAGCACCAGUCACCCGCUGCUGGCUGUGGCCGGUUCUCGCGGUAUCAUUCGCAUCAUUAACCACAUCACCAUGCAGUGCGUCAAACAUUACGUCGGCCACGGUAACGCAAUCAACGAACUCAAGUUUCAUCCCAGAGAUCCCAACCUUCUGCUGUCAGUUAGUAAAGAUCACGCUCUGCGCCUGUGGAACAUCCAGACAGAUACUCUGGUGGCCAUAUUUGGAGGUGUUGAGGGUCACCGUGAUGAGGUCUUGAGCGCGGAUUUUGACCUUCUCGGUGAUAAGAUUAUGUCAUGUGGCAUGGAUCACUCGCUCAAGCUGUGGAGAAUAAACUCUGAGCGGAUGCAGAAAGCAAUACGUGGUUCUUAUGAGUAUAAUCCAAGCAAAACUAACAGGCCUUUUGUGUCUCAAAAGAUUCACUUCCCAGACUUUUCCACCCGAGACAUCCACAGGAACUACGUGGAUUGUGUCCGCUGGCUUGGAGAUUUGAUUCUCUCAAAGUCGUGUGAGAAUGCAAUUGUGUGCUGGAAACCUGGGAAAAUGGAAGAGGAUAUUGACCGCAUCAAAGCAAACGAGUCCAACGUGACGAUUCUCGGCCGCUUCGAUUACAGCCAGUGUGACAUUUGGUACAUGCGCUUCUCUAUGGACUUCUGGCAAAAGAUGCUGGCUCUGGGAAAUCAGGUGGGGAAACUCUACGUUUGGGACCUGGAAGUGGAAGAUCCUCAUAAAGCAAAGUGUACCACGCUCACGGUUCCUAAAUGCACGUCGGCCAUCAGACAGACGAGCUUCAGCAGGGACAGCAGUAUUCUCAUCGCCGUGUGUGAUGAUGCAUCUAUUUGGCGCUGGGACCGACUGCGCUGAAAUAUUCUCACUAGUCAGAUGAUUGCUUAGCGGAUUUUCUUGUCCUUUGCUUUUGAGUUUGUUCACCUCAGCUUUUGUUUUGUCUUUUUUUUUAUUAGUUGUACUGUUUGACAAUAAUAAAAUCUAUUUUUCUAUGCCA